UUUAAGGAUGGUUUGUUGGAGAGAUCAUGUUCAGUUCGUUACUCAGUUUUGAAAGUUGGCUUUGACCCUCAGAUAAGAGAUAAAAACAGCACCUGAGAUACUAUGUCGGGUCUAUCCUACUUCUCGUCGCUUGAGGAGGUGUCCCAAACUUCUGAUGCUGAACUUAGGGAUGGUAUAGGUUUCUUGGCCCCUGAUAUCGUCAUAGAGUACGUGUUCCAACUACGGAAGGAACUGAGGGAGUGCCAAGAGGGUAAAACUACUGCUGAGGAGGAGGUUACAAGACUACUUGGGGUGUCAGCUGGUCUAGGGGAUACUCUACACUCAGGAAUGAUGAACACGAGCAUACAUGACGCUCCCCCAACUGCUCCCCCUCUUUACAACUUUGCGUCCCAACCUCCACCACUUUCUGGUACCAUGUUCCCACCCCAACCUCUCACCCCUCAACAAUAUCACACUAGUCCCUCAGUGGCCAGCUUCCCUGAAGUUGCAGGGAGUGUGUGGACGUGGGCCCACGAUGGGACCAAACCUAACGGUAUUACAGAGUUCCUACCUGAUGGUGGUACAAAGUGGUUCAAUGGGGCAAGGCAAGGUCAUUGGAAGUUAAAGGAGGGUGGAACUGUGUUGGAAACUAGUUUUAAUGGAGUCCACCAUGAGCUGGUAUAUGUUGCUAGUGAGAAGAAAGCAGUGCUAAGAUCUCCGGAGAGGUCACCGUCCAGUCAAAUGUGGAUCCAGGGUGAUCGAGACAGGUUACCAUUCGGAGGAAACUUCUCCUCAACCAGAGUAUCCUUACGAGGCCACCACCAGAAAUAUGUUCGAGCACUCUCUAAUGGUGGUGUUGACUGCCAGAUAACUGGUGUGACUGAGGCGGCUGUGUGCGAGGUGGUUCAAGUUAAACCCGAUACUGUUGCUUUUAGGUCACAUUACGGGAAGUAUCUCUCAGCUCAGCCAAAUGGAACCCUUGAAUGGAACAGAGGAGGAAGCCCCAAUAUUUGGGAGUUUUUCCACGUUGGUAGAGUGGCUGAUGGAAGGAUAACAUUACUCUCAUACCACGGUAAAUACGUGUCAGCUCAACCUGAUGGGAGGAUUGAAGUUAACAGAGAAGGAGCUGCUGCUUGGGAGCAUUUUAGUGUGACAGAGGGUCCCAGUGCGGCAGCCUGUGCGGCAGCCUGUGCGGCAGCCUCAGCUGACUCUCCUGACCACGCAGACUCUGUAACGGGUAAAGUCUUCCUGCAAGGUCACCACGGUUACUUCGUUAGUGCCAAUGCAACCUGCCAAGUAAAUGACUGCGGCAGUUCGGAGACGAUUGAUGUGAUAAAGAUUAGUCCAAAUGUUGUCGCUUUCAGGUCCUACUUUGGGAAAUAUCUUUCAGCCCAAAAAAACGGCUCUCUGCAAUGGAACAGGGACAGUGCCAAAGAUUGGGAACAAUUCACCGUGAACAAAGUUAACGGAAAAUACACAUUCCGAUCAUCGCACAACAAGUUCAUUUCUGCGCAGCCUAAAGGAGGGUUAGAGGUUGACAGGAACAAUGAGGAUAUUUGGGAACAAUUCAAAGUUAUUCACAAAAAUACUCGAACUGUAAAGCCUGCGCCUGUUUGCUUAGAUCCGUUUCCUGGCAACAUAGCAGGGAGUGUGUGGACGUGGGCCCACGAUGGGACUAAACCUAACGGUAUUAUAGAGUUCUUACCUGAUGGUGGUACAAAGUGGUUCAAUGGGGCAAGGCAAGGUCAUUGGAAGUUAAAGGAGGGUGGAACUGUGUUGGAAACUAACUUUAAUGGAGUCCACCAUGAGCUGGUAUAUGUUGCUAGUGAGAAGAAAGCAGUGCUAAGAUCUCCGGAGAGGUCACCGUCCAGUCAAAUGUGGAUCCAGGGUGAUAGAGGUGAAUCACCGUUCGGCCAACAAAGUUUCCCAACAUUUGAAGUAGCUAUACGUGGACACCACAACGGUUUUCUUCAGGCUUUCUCUGAUGGUAGGGUGGAUAGUAGUCAAGAAGAAAUAAAGAAUGAUACUAUCUGUCGCGUGGUUCAAGUUAAACCUGAUACCGUGGCUUUUUACUCUCGAUAUGGGAAAUUUCUGUCAGCUCAGCCAAAUGGAACCCUUGAAUGGAACAGAGGAGGAAGCCCCAAUAUUUGGGAGUUUUUCCACGUUGGUAGAGUGGCUGAUAGAAGGAUAACAUUACUCUCAUACCACGGUAAAUACGUGUCAGCUCAACCUGAUGGGAGGAUUGAAGUUAACAGAAAUAAAGCUCAAGCGUGGGAAAUAUUCAGGCUGGAAGAAGGUAAAGUUCCUGUUAAACGACGCAACAGUGAUACCGACUACGCAACAUCAUUAGCCAGUCUAGGUGGAGUCGGACUGAAGGGGCACCAUGGUUUUUAUGUUAGUGCGAAUGCGACAUGUCAAGUGAAGUCGUUUGGUAGCUCAGAGAUUAUCAGUGUGAUUAAAGUUGGACACAAUGUGGUCGCUUUCAGGUCUCGUUUUGGAAAAUACCUCUCCGCCCAACCUAAUGGAACACUACAAUGGAACCGAGAUAGGGUUCAGAUCUGGGAGCAGUUCACACUUGCACGCUGUGAUUGUGUCGAGGAAAAGUUCACGUUCCGAUCCCACCACAACAAAUAUAUGUCAGCUUCGCCUGAUGGAGAGUUAGAAGUGGAUAAGUUGUCCGCUUCAAGCUGGGAACAGUUUACUGUCGUUAAUGCUUAAUAACUGUUACUGUCACCAAGAUGUAACUAGGUCGAACGGAAAAAUUAGGUCUCACGCAGGAAUUAGGUGUCUAGCAGGAGCUUGUAUUUAUAUAUAUAUCACGCGCCUGCGUGAGACCUAAUAGUAAUUCCUGCGUGAGACCUAAUUUCUCCGUUCGACCUAGUUACAUCUUGGUGACAGUAAGCUUUGAGAUUUUUAACUAAUAAAGCACUCGUGGUUUCGAAAAAACUUCGUUCAGUUCAGGUCUUUGUUUGAUGUCCUUUUCAAAUCUCGCUAGAUUUAUAUUGUUUUCAUAGUCGUAUAUACUUAUAUAGUACUACUACUAGUAGACUGUAAGUGUAAGAGUAAAUGCGAUUUACAAUCUGAUCAUGAUUGACGCAGUGAGACGUCAGCCACUGGUCAUAAUAUUUUAGCUUAAUGAUUUGAUUGGGAAUCGAGCGGUUUACUCGAUUAAUGUUUACUCAAAAUUAUAAUACAAACAGUAAUAGAUAGAACAUAGUAAUGUUAAAGAAUUCUUUUUAAAAAAACCUUCUGGAAAGGGCACUGCACCUGUUAUAUUAUUAUUAAUCAUAAUGAUAUUGAUUUUAUUGUAAUAAAUUAUAGCAAUGCUAUUUGUCAACACUGCAAAAUUACAGACAUUGUAGAUUACUUUGGAGAUUACUUUAGAGAUUACUUUAGAGAUUACUUUUAGAUUACUUAUAGAGCUAGGAAAACCCGAUGUUAUUUUCGAUGUUCGACUCCUAUCAUGAUUAUAAGUGAUAAGAACCAUUUGAUGUUUUGAAGAUAGU